AUGAUUUUGUACGCAGCAGUUUGUGGAUACGUGAUUGCGUCGUUGAUACUGUUUAGGUAUCCGACUCUUCUGCAUAGGAAGAAGAAAUUAAAGUUCACGUGCCACCACAUAAGCCACCGAGGAGGUGCAGCUGAAAUGUACGAAAACACGAUGGCUGCUUUCAAAAGGGCUGUAAACCUUGGGACAGACAUGCUUGAACUAGAUUGUCACCUAACAGCCGACAACCAAGUUGUAGUGUCCCAUGAUCAAAAUUUAAUGAGGGUGUGUGGCUUGGAUAUUGACAUCUCCAAAACUCCGUAUUCUGAACUGCCUCUGCUGAAAAAUGAAAUCUCUGUGGACUUUGAUCUUGAGCACAACUAUGUUGGAUCUGGACGUCCAGAAGAGCGUCGAAUUCCUCUUUUAGAAGAAGUUUUCCAAUCCUUUCCCAACAUUCCAAUAAACAUAGAUAUCAAACGUAAUGAUGACAAUCUUAUUAAAGAAGUGUCUAGACUUGUUCGGGACCAUAAUCGGGAGGAAUUGACUGUGUGGGGUAACAUUAACAACACAGUCACUUUGAAGUGCUACAAUGAGAAUCCUCGAAUAAAUUUACUCUUUUCAAUGCGUCGGGUGGUGGAAUUGGUUCUUCUCUUCUACACAGGACUCCUUCCAUUUGUUCCUCUUAAAGAAUCAAAUUUAGAAAUAUUUCUUCCGGCCAUUUAUCUGAGGAAGAAAAAUGACUCUGAUAAGUUGUUCCCCUUGCACUCACUGAUGUUGCGUGGAAUGAACUGUCUUUUGAUGCGACGCUGUCUUUUCACCCACCUUCAGAGACGUGGUAUUCAGGUUUACCUUUGGGUUUUGAAUGAUGAAGACGAGUUUGAAGCAGCUGUACAGCUUGGUGUAACAGGAAUCAUGACAGACUACCCUACGAAGUUGAAGAAGUUUCUCUCUGAACGACCCCAAUUCAUGACAGAAAAAGACCCUUACACCUCUUCCUAAUAAUUCUUGGUCUACAGUGUCUCAUUAAAAGUGAUUUUUCUGGUCUUUAAACUCAUAGAUUCCCACUUAAAUUUGGUCUAUCUGACAUACAGCAAAAACCUGAUAGCAUUUUGACACUAUUAGAUAUCUUAUAAGUGUUGCAGAGCAAUGGUGAUAUAAUUUAUUCUUCUGUAACUAAUCUUUCAAAAGUGCUCUGAAGAAAAAGGAGGGGUAAGUAAAUAUGUACUCAUGUCAUAUUUGAUACACUUGGGUUAACAUUUUAUACCUUUACUGUCACUUCCCAGACUAAGUUUCAAUUGAGAUGAGAAUUAAACAGUAAACAAACUCCUGUCUUUAAUUUAGAUAAUUCUUGUAGAUCUGUGUAUCAUAAAAUGUAAUGUUUCAUAAAGUGUCCAUCUUUUUGUCACAAUUAUGAAAUGGUCCGAAUUCUGUACUCCAGUUUUUUUUUAAAUUACGUAUAGUUGUUGAUCUGUACAUGGCAAUUAUUUUAGGCCUAUGUUGAAUCUCUUUCUUUGUAGGUAAUUUAUGUUAACUGGUAGCAUUUUCUACCAGUUUGAAUUUGAUCAUGGUACUAAUUAAGAAUAGAUAACCAGGGCUUAGUGAUUGUUGGUAUUCAUUCUCUUUAUCGCUGAUACUGCAACUCUGACUGCGUUAAGAAUUGUGUUUUGAAUGUCUUUUGUACAUUUUUCCUCUAUUACCUUUUAGCUACGUAUUUAUUUUGUUUACUCUAAAGACUCUUCAAUGUACUAAAUUUCUGUAAGAAAAAUAUCUCAUGAAGAUGGAGAUGGUGGUAAUAAUCAUACAGAUUAUUUUCACUGGUAAAUUUUAGUUCUUUCUGUUUAAUGAGCAAUGCUCAAGGUUUUGUUAUGUAAUCUCAGGUUGAAAGUAAAGUCUGCUAAUAAUUUGUAGCUUCAAAGCAUGUUUUAAUUAAUGGCGUGGCUGAACUAAAAACUUCAUUUUUAUAUAAACAUUUAGAUUGUGUUGGCACAGAAACUGUGUUUUGUUUACUGUUCUGCCCUGAUUCUAUAAUCACCUGUUAAUUCUUAAACUGACUGUGGAAACUUUUUGGCAUGUGGUUGUCGUAUCAAAUUUUCUGCAUACGUCACCUGUUCAUCGAAUCUCCAUUGACUUAUUUGUUUCACUUUCUCUUUUACACAUUAUGUAUUCCUUGCUUAUUAGCUGUUGUAGAAUGUAUGUAAGUGUUCUGCAUUCUUUCUACAUUAGCAGCAGUAUUUUACCAUUCAUAAGUAUGGAAGAAAAUAUUUCCUUGUCAUGAUAAACAAUCUAGUCAUUAAUGCCAUUUUAUUCCCAACUAAAAAUAAUUUUACUGUAUUUACCAAAGUUCCCAAUUUAGUAUCUCUUUUUUAAAACCAUGUGUUUGAUAAGUUUCAAUUUAACAAGACAUUAAUCAUGCAGGAGAUUACUUAAUUGCGUGUAUUGUUUCCUUUUUGAAGUUGCGUGGUGUGUGUAAGUAAGUGUUGGUAAGUGGAGCUUUUGUGUUUAUUUCCAUCAUAUUUAUAGUACUAAUGCAUUUAGGGAUAAAGGAUUCUGUAUGAUAAUGAAACCUGCUCCAAAGUUCUACCUAACUUUCUCUAGCUUAAAAACGAAUAUACCCAAAUCACGUUUUUUUUUCAGUUUUCUAUUGAAAUUGUUUUAUCUUUUCUCUCAUUGUAUAUCAUGUAUUUUGAAGACAUUUUUACGGAACGGUCAUGACUUAUUGAAUGUCAAUUCAAGCAAUACUGAAUUGUGUGAUAUUUUGUGGUUCAGAAAUACCCAUUCUCCUAAGAGUGUCCCCAUUUGUUGACAAUUGUUGUAUCGUGUUUUUUGCCAGUUACCAAAUAAAACGGCUUUUGCCACAUGA